CAAAAUUUCAAUUGGAGCUGCAGCUUGGUCCCGACUUUUUCGAACUUCAACAACCAGCCCACCGACCAGGUAAGCAAACGCCCUUCCUCCUGUCCAGCCCGACGAGAAAUUGCGGAAGCUCUCCCAAAAUCAACAUCCAACUGAUUCGAACCCAAAACUAACAGCCUCUUUCGACACUUGUCCCAGCACCGGACAAGAUGGCCUCCAGACCGACUGUCACCGUUCUCGGCGCCGAUGGCAAGGCCACCGGCGCCACUGAGGUCCUCCCCAAGGUCUUCAGCGCCCCUAUCCGCCCGGAUAUCGUCAAGCACGUCCACACCGGCAUGGCCAAGAACAAGAGACAGCCCUACUCCGUCUCCGAGAAGGCUGGUCACCAGACCUCUGCCGAGUCUUGGGGCACUGGUCGCGCUGUCGCCCGUAUCCCCCGUGUCUCCGGCGGUGGUACUCACCGUGCCGGUCAGGCCGCCUUCGGUAACAUGUGCCGUUCCGGCCGCAUGUUCGCCCCUACCAAGAUCUGGCGCAAGUGGCACGUCAAGGUCAACCAGGGCCAGAAGCGUUUCGCUACCGCUUCCGCUCUUGCUGCCUCUGCCGUCGCUCCUCUCCUGAUGGCCCGUGGCCACCAGGUCUCUACCGUUCCCGAGGUUCCCCUCGUCAUCGACUCCGCCGCUUUCGGUGUUGCCUCCAAGACUGCCGCUGCCGUCGGUCUCCUCAAGGCUGUCGGUGCCGGUCCCGAGCUCGAGAAGGUCAAGGCUUCCAAGAAGCUCCGUGCCGGUAAGGGUAAGCUCAGAGGCCGCCGCCACCGCCAGCGCCGUGGUCCUCUUGUCGUCUACUCUCCCAGCACCGACGGCAAGGAGCUCGUCCAGGGCUUCCGCAACAUCCCCGGUGUCGAGACCAGCCCCGUCGAUGCCCUCAACCUCCUCCAGCUCGCCCCCGGUGGCCACCUCGGCCGCUUCGUCAUCUGGACUUCCGCCGCCAUCAAGGAGCUUGAUGCCGUCUACGAGUCCAAGAAGGGCUUCUUCCUCCCCUCCAAUGUUGUCGCCAACGCCGACCUUACCCGUCUCAUCAACUCUUCCGAAAUCCAGUCAGUCCUCCGCGCCCCCAAGGGUGAGGCCAAGACCAAGCGUGGCCACGUCCUCAAGAAGAACCCUCUGCGCAACAAGCAGGUUCAGCUCCGCCUUAACCCCUAUGCCGCCACCUUUGCCAGGGAGAAGCUCGGCGAGGUCAAGGAGGAGGGCAAGCCUGUUCGCGUCAAGGCUGACUUCCUCGGUCAGCUCAAGGAGUAAGCUGCUGGUGGAGUGGAAAAGGGAAAAGAGCGACUGGUUGUGGGUACUUUUAUCGGCGUAACGGAUAAUGGCAUCUACGCGUCACAUCAAUGAAUUCUGAUACCAGAUUUUGGCCAGGUGGCUGUUGUGAUUAGUGACGUGUGACCAUGCAUGAUGAUUUUCAGCGUAGCAAUAAGACUUUGUCUGAGCCUCACGA